AUGGCGUUCAACUUCAACUGGUCGCCAUUGAUGGCCGACGCGGGCUUCUACACCCGCGCUCAGGACCUUCUAACGGCGGCGCUGAACAAAUCGCCAAAGCCGCCUAUCAUUGUCGACGAUAUCAAAGUCACAGAGUUGAAUUUAGGAUCGAUACCGCCGGAUCUGGAAAUUCUGGAAGUUGGUGACCUUGCCGAGGACCGAUUUCGCGGCAUUUUCAAGAUGUCAUACAACGGCGAUGCGUAUUUGACGUUAAAGACAAGAGUCCAGGCGAAUCCUUUGAAUACAUUUUUAGUUACGCGACCGUCGUUCGCAUCACCGAAGCCGUUGGCUGCCGCCGCUGGUUUGACCAUACCUUUACAGAUUACUCUGUCGGAGUUUCGAUUAUCGGGAUUUGUUGUGCUGGUAUUUUCUAAACAAAAGGGAAUUACCGUGGUGUUCAGGAACGACCCCCUUGAAUCAUUAAAAGUGUCAUCCACAUUUGAUUCAAUCUCUUUUGUCCGCGACUACUUACAGAAGGCCAUUGAAGGGCAGUUGCGAGCUCUUUUUAUGGACGAAUUGCCCGCUAUCAUUCAUCGACUAUCAUUGCGCCUGUGGGUACCUGAAUAUCGCGAUAAAGAAUCAGAGUCGGUCAACACCCUAGACCAAUCUUCAGAAGCAGGUCCCGGUCAAGACCCUCUUGCAAGCCCUCCUCAGGAUCCUGUUGACGCAUCAGGAAAUGCGCUCAAUCCGUCAGAGGUCGCUUCAUUGUCGUUGGACUCUGGAGUCGAGAUCCACAGCCUAUUCUCACAGAAGAACUUGCUCCGAUUGGCUGCAUUGACCGAUUCCCAGCGCACCUUGUCGUUGUUCACACCAUCUAUCAAAGAUGUGGUAUAUAGAGCCUGGACUGCGUCGGCAGAACUUGGGGAAAGCACAACAUUGACAUCCCCUGCUAGCCCAGUACUAUCCCGAACGCAUUCUCAUAUUGGUUCUCUCCAUUCAUUCGUCGACAAUGCGAGCACCAUUUCAAUGCAGAGCGGUGGAUCGAGUAAUUUCAGCGGCCAUUUACAUUUAAGAACGGGCCGACAUUCUCGGUCUCAUACCAAGAAGCGCAAGAAGCGAGUCGUUGACUUGCGCCGACCGAAGACUACCGAUGAUGUCGAGAGUGUGAGUGGAGACAGUGUGUUCUCUUCUGAAAAUGCCACCAGUGCUCCUACGAUCUUCUCAUCUCCGGCACACUUUUCUGAGGAAAAGAACGAUGACCCAGUGACACCACCACUUGGUCCUCAAAACGACCUGCAUCUACCUACUAUUCAUGAACGCCGAAGAAUUAGUCAAGGUGACCACACCGUCCGGCGCUCUAUGUUAUCAAUGUCAGAGGCUGCGCAACCCUCAUCCAGUCGUUCGGCUCAGAUGAUUGCAGAAUCAUGGCCAGAUCCAGAUGCAACGCCUCGCAAUACGAUCCGAUUGCCAAGCAACGACCGGGCAAAUAAUCGGCUCACAGCCGCACCUCUUCCGAGUUCAGCAAUUCAAUACGCGCCAGCUGUCCCUGCCAACAACAACCCUAGGGAACAAGUCUGKCUCUCCAAAAUGGCCGCUGAACUGGCUCGUAGAAUGCAAGAGGAGAAAGUCGAUCAGUCUGGAUCAAGACCAUUCCCAGAUUUCUGGGAUGAUCAUAGCCGAGAGGAAAUUCCACCUCCUGCCUAUGGCCACUAA